UAUUUAUUCAAUCACAUAUUUUGUAUCUAUACAUAUUCAAGUUUAUUGUAAAGUGCAAAGUUGAAGUUGAUCGAAAAAGUGUUUCUAUAAAAUAAAUUAUCAUGUUUUCACCUAUGUAAGAUAAAAGUAACAUUCAUGCUAAAUCCUGUUCAUCCUUUCAAGUGUACUGUUUAGCAUUGCUGUGUUAGUUUACUUUGAAAAGUUUAAAGUGUUCAGAAACCUGAUCUUCAAGUGUAUUGGGCAUCUUCUUUUAUGUAUAAUUGGCUUGUUUCCAAUUGCUUGUGUGAUAAGAAAAAAUAAAGGAUUUAAGAGAUUAAAUUUUUGUCACUUGUCUGUGUGAAGCAGAUCCUACCUGCUACUAGCCUAAACAACAUUCAAAAUUAAUCUCUCGGUCGAAAUCAAUAUGAGCGAAGGUCAGGAGUCCCCACCGAACGACAUGCAAGAUGUUAAUUCGGUGGAUCCAUCGGCACCCCCAGUGAUACCGCCGCGGGAACAUCUGAUUACCACAGCAAUAAAAUUUCUGAACAAUCCAAACGUAGUAAGAAGCGCCGUUACCCAAAAGCAAUCGUUUCUUCGGUCCAAAGGCAUGACAGAAGAGGAAAUACAGCUGGCCUGUGAACGGGCAGGAGUCUUUACCAAAGAUCCAAACCUCCAAACUCAGACGGUAAUCAGCAUGGGAAUGGGCACCUCUGGUGCUCCGACGGGAUAUUCGAAUGGAAAUUAUGUGAUCCAACCGAAGCAGUCGUGGUUAGGACGCCUCAAGGAGAUCCUCAACUCGGUGGCUCUCGUCAGCGGAUUGAUGUAUGGCGUUUAUCUCUUUUAUAAGAAAUUCAUAGAACCCCUCAUUUUCCGAGGAAAGAAGAAAAAAUCGAUAGAUGACAGCAUGGCCGAUUUGAAGCAUUUAGUGGAAGAGAAGAUAGAUAGCGUCAACGUUGAAUUGAACAAAGUCAAGGAAGAACUCGCCAGAGUUAACCAUGCGCAACACGCUACCAAGGAACUGACAAGCGUAAAAUCCGAUUUAGUCUCGAUCAAAGGAUUGCUGUUGAAUAGGAAACAAUUUGCCUCGCCUAGUCUGCCAAUGAUGCCACCCUCUAUUCCUGCCUGGCAGCUGCAGUCCCAAUCGCAGGAGCGAACACCGACCAACGAUGGCGAUCCGGACAAGAAUGACGAUAACGACACCGGUUCUGGUUCCGGCUCGAGUGAAAACGAUGUUGUGCUGAAAAACAGCGACAGCAGUUUAGAAAUAAUAUCUUAAGCAAGAAAGAGUGUAACCACACUUUGGGAUGAUAUUAGAAGAAAUGAAUUUUAAUUCUAAUAGGGAUUAAUUUUUGGGAUAAGGAAUCAUUAAGUCAAAAAAUCGACAGGUUUUUAGUUAGGCCAUUUUCUAAUAUUAUUUUUAAGAUUGAUAUCGAUUGCAAAUGAACAAUUAAUUAUUGGCAAUAUUAGUUGGAAGCCUGCAACUAAAUUUGGUACUAAAAGCAUUUAUAAGUUUUGUAUAAGAUUUAAUUGGUUUACGACGGGUCAUUCUUCCUUGAUCGAGGAAAUUAAAAAAAGAUAUGUAGUGAAAUAAAUUAAUUAGUCCCAAGA